AUGAUUAAACAUCCGGAUAUAGAUUAUACUGUUCCUUUGGAUAUAGAGUUGAAAGAGCAUCCAGUCUAUAGUUUCCAUGUCGAAGCAGAACCAGACGGUUUGCCUUUGUAUUUUCAUAUAAAGAAGUAUUUGGAGUCUGGAACUUAUCCUUAUGAUGCUACGGCCAACAAAAAGAAGUCGAUACCCCGUAUGACCCUCAGUUUCUUUUUAAGUGGAGAAAUCCUUUAUAGGAGGACUCCAGAUUCGGGUCUUCUAAGAUGCGUUGAUGUCGUCAAAGCUGCGAGGCUUAUUGAACAAAUACAUGCCGGAGUUUGUGGCACGCAUAUGAAUGGUUCACAUUGGCAAGAAAGAUCCUUCGAGCCGGUUACUUCUGGAUGA